AUGAAAAUGGCGGACUUUGUCUGUCCUUCCGACACAUUCCAGGCAUGCCCUCCACAUCUACGGACCACCUUCUCUCAAGAAGAUCGAUUCAGAUUUACCCCCGUCAAAGCUACUAGAGCCGCCCCCCGCCCCUGGGAACGCAAACCAUCAACCGCAUUCCGCGCCCGCGGCAAGUCGCGUAAGGUCUGGAAGCGCUUUCGCACUUCGUUCAACAGCAUGAAAGCUCUGCAGCAAUUGAUUGCGGCAGAGCGUCAUACCGUCGACGACGAUCUCCAUCUGGAAAUCAACACGUCGCGGAAUCCCGGCCUCCGUCGCGGUGUCAAGCGCAGAUGUUUCGCUCUGGAAGCGGACGACUUGGAGGAUGGUGUGCGCGGGCGCUCCUUCUUGGAGACGCAGUGGGAGUCCGAGGUCAAUGGGCGGCGACGCAAACUUCCCCUCAUCUACAGUGACUUUGUCGACAUCCCCGAUGAGCCGGUUGAAUACGACAGCCUACAACCAGAAGAGUCGUGUGACGAUGUAAAGAACGACCAGGAAUUGCCCACGUCGACGUUAGAAGAGCUCGCGGAGAACCCUGCCGAUAUGGACGAAUCCUCCAGCCCGAUCCCGGAAACCCCCACUAAAUUGGCGUCCGACGCAGCCUAUAGCCGCUCGCUACAUGGCCAGUCGCCGCUAGUGGUUGGUGGCAUGGUGGUCGGCACCCCAGACUUAAGAACCCGCGAAGACGUCGAACAGCCGACUGUGCAGCUCUCCGACGCAAGUGAAGAGAAACCUGCGACCCCGGAGCAUGAUGGCCACGUUGAAAACACAGUAUCUACGAUGAUCGGUGAAGAGCACAUGGACGAAGAGCCGACUGUGCCUGUCGAAGUAGAAACCCUGGAGGAACCGGCAGCGGCUACGGUCGCCGCGCCUGUGCAGGAAUUGACGACCGAGCAGGAAUCAACGCUCGUUCGGUCGGCACUCCGAAGCUCAUUGGACGGAGAGGAUACUGAGUUGCUCAACAACUUCUUGUCCAAGGCCAAAGCCAAGCGUGAGGCAAAAGCCGCUAUGGUCGCCCAGGAGCCCGAAAAGACUGAGCCCGAGGUGUCGGUUGUUGUUGCAUCUCCCACACCACCGGCGCGCCGCGCGCUGGAGGACCUUGACACCAACUCGCCCUCACCGCAGAAGCCUCAACUGUCGCCUACCAAGGAGAAAGAUGAGGCCAGCCCGCAGCCAUCCAGCCCUCGACGCAGCACUCGACCUCGCACCGUUCGCUCUUCCAACCUGUUGACGACCAUCACCGCUGCGGCUGCAGUACGCAAUACCCUGUCACUGCGCCGUGCCAAGGGCACAGAAUUCGUCUUCUUGCAGCGCACCGAGGCCCAGGAGCUGGCCCUCACGACGCGGCGAAACACGCGACUGAACAAGGGCAAUGCACUGGCACCGAAGUUCGUUUUGCAGGGUCUCACACGCAAGUCGCCAGAGUCUGGGAAGAAGGCCGGUACCGCCCCUUGCACAGAUAGCGAGACGACAGGAGACGUCUCGGAGCGACCGCACAAAACGGCGAAGAAGCAUGUGUCGUGGAACGACGAGGAACUGGUGCAGUUCGACGACGGAUCAGAGGCAGCAAAGGGCGAGGAGCAUGACGUUGCGAGCCGCGGAAGCAAGGGCAAAAGCCCCGAGAAAAGAAAGGCAGCCAGUAGCCGAACAACGCGGUCUCAAGUGGCGCAGAAGAGUGGUGGGGAGGAUCGCGCCGAUGCAGCGCCUACUGCACCCGCUACUGCAACGCCUCGGACGCGGCGCGUGCGCCGGCUGGGUCCCGGAGCACCCAAAGCCGACUCGACGGCUGCAACAGCCGUCAGCAGCGUUUCCCUGCCCUCUCCGUCGUCCAGCAGCGACAACAGCGCGAGCACGGCGGAGCAGCGCAAAAAGCUCACCCCCAAGUCGCCGAGGCGGGUCCCGGCGACACCGUCGAAGCCUGCAAGCGACAGCAUCAAGACAUCACUGCGCAGCAGUAGCGCGAAGACCAACCUGCUGAAGAUCAACGCUGGGUCGACGCCAGUGCCUCGGAAGAUGCGUCCGCGCGCGUGA